AUGGCGACGGCAUCUUCCUUCCCCUUCCCGCGGGAAUACUCCUUCCCGCCCUUCUUCACCCGCCAAACGAACCUCACAACUCACCACGCCCAGCUCGAGCUCUUCCACAACAAGACGCUGAACAAGCGGCUGUCGCUGGCCGACGCGCGCGAGGUGCUCGAGUUCAUGCGUAAGGACGGCCGCGCCGAGGCGCUGCCCGCGAGUACGGACGUGUUCUGGGUGUACUGGCGCACGCCGGACGAGUGGGCCGCCGUGAUUGAGGGGUGGAUCGACGACACGGCGCAAAAGGGCGUCGUGUUGACGCUGUACGAGCUGACGGAGGGCGAGGGCACGAGAGGGACGGAGUUCCACGGCCUCGACCCCGACUUGCUCGCGAAAGCGCUACAGAUCCUGGUCAAGCGUGGCAAGGCCCAGAUCUUUGGACAAGAGGACUCGCAGGGUGUCAAGUUCUUUUGA